CUAAGCUCACCUCGGAGCUGCUGCGACCGGUGGACCCGGCGCACGCGCUGGACGAGGCCGCGCUGCUGCGCUACGCGGCCGCCAACGUCCCGGGCUUCCCGGGGCCCGCGCCGGCGUUGGCGCUCACCCAGUUCGGGCACGGCCAGUCCAACCCCACCUACUGCAUCCAGGCCUCAGCCCCCGGGGGAGGGAUCAGGCGCUACGUCCUGCGGAAGAAGCCGCCCGGGGUCAUCCUCCAGUCCGCACACGCCGUCGAGCGCGAGUACCAGGUCCGGUUUCGGAUUCCAUUCCCCUCCCCCGCUCUUCUGCUACUCGGUCCCAAUCCCGUACGCGCGGUGCCGAUGGAAUGAAUCGGAGAUCCGUUUAGUUCAACAUCUCGGCGAAAAGGUUGCGAAUCUGAUAUGGUACUAGGCGGAUGGAAGCUUCAAUUUCGAGAAUCAGAAUCCAGAAGCGUGCGAAGAUUAGAAUAGUGGAUGAGGCGAUGAGCUAUGUUCCGUACACUGCAUAACAGUAAGAAAAAAAAAGCUGCAGGUUCAGCACUAAUUCUGCUUUUCGUUUUUCUCAUUUUUGCACGUGAUGUUCGAUCACAUUUUCCUUGUUUUAUUUAUGCUACGCGUUUCACAUUUCACUGCUCUACAUAUGUAUUGAUCAAUCAGUGGAUUGGCAAGUGGCCAUUCUCAGCCAUCUCCCACCCUUUGGAACCCUGUAAACUCAGUUGAUUAAUGAAAAAAAUAUGCGCGGAAUGUAUAGUUCCUGCUAACUAGACAGUUAUUCUUGUGGGCCUAUUGAAAACUAUCUGAAUUAUCUAGCUGCGGUGAUUUGGCACGUACCCUAAUAUAGGUUCUCAAAGCUCUGGGUUCUCACACGGAUGUCCCUGUCCCAAAGGUUUAUUGUCUUUGCACAGAUGCAAAUGUAAUUGGAACUCCUUUCUACAUAAUGGAGUAUAUGGAAGGAAUUAUAUAUCCUGACAGCAUGUUGCCGGGGGUAGCUCCAUCUAAAAGGCGGGCUAUAUAUUUUUCUACUGCCAAAACUUUGGCUGCCAUCCACAGAGUUGAUGUUAAUGCCAUUGGAUUGCAAAAGUAUGGGAGAAGAGAUAACUAUUGCAAAAGACAAGUGGAAAGAUGGGAGAAGCAAUAUCUUGCGUCUACUGGUGAAGGGAAGCCUGCACGUUAUCAAAGGAUGCUCGAUCUAGCUCGUUGGUUGAAAGAAAAUGUACCAGAAGAAGAUUCCUCUGCAGGAGCAGGAACAGGUCUUGUUCAUGGUGAUUUCCGCGCUGAUAACCUAGUUUUUCACCCAACAGAGGAUCGAGUAAUUGGUGUUAUUGAUUGGGAACUAUCCACCUUGGGGAAUCAGAUGUGUGAUGUUGCUUAUAGUUGCUUGCCAUAUAUUAUUGAUGCAACACUCAGUGAAAGGACUUCUUACGGAGGGUUCCAACAUACUGGCAUUCCAGAUGGGAUUCCUCAACUGGAAGAGUACCUUUCUGUAUACUGUUCUUUCUCUGCAAGACCCUGGCCUGCUGCAAAUUGGAAGUUCUAUGUUGCUUUUUCUCUGUUUCGUGGAGCAUCUAUCUACGCUGGAGUAUAUCACAGAUGGACUAUGGGUAAUGCUUCAGGUGGUGAGCGUGCUAAAUUUGCUGGCAGGAUUGCUAAUACUAUGGUUGACUGUGCCUGUGACUUCAUAAAUAGAGAACAUGUGUUGCAAAAACAACCUUCUAUGGGUUUUCAAGUCUCAGCAGCUCCAUGGCAAGAAUUUGGUAGAGAGCAGGAAGGUUCAAUUUCCACAAAGGAUCAAGGCAAAUUUGUUCCUAGCGAAAAAGUUAUGCACCUUCGAAAGAAAUUGAUGAAGUUUAUUGAAGAUCACAUAUACCCAAUGGAGAGUGAGUUCUACAAACUUGCACAAUCAACCUCAAGAUGGACAAUUCAUCCAGAAGAAGAAACUCUUAAAGCAUUGGCAAAGAAGGAGGGCCUAUGGAACUUGUUUAUUCCGCUAGACAGUGCAGCUAGAGCUAGAAAGCUACUAUUUGAGGACGGCUCUCUUGUUUCCCCUGGAAGUUCAAAUGACCUUCUGCUGGGUGCGGGUCUUACUAAUCUUGAAUAUGGAUAUCUGUGUGAGAUUAUGGGACGUUCAGUUUGGGCUCCGCAAAUAUUUAACUGUGCUGCACCUGAUACGGGUAACAUGGAGGUCCUGUUGAGGUAUGGCACCAAGGAGCAACAGAAGCAAUGGCUAGUUCCUCUAUUGGAAGGGAAAAUUCGUUCUGGGUUUGCGAUGACGGAACCACAAGUUGCAUCUUCAGAUGCUACUAAUAUAGAAUGUUCAAUAUCCAGACAGGGAGAUUUCUAUGUGAUAAAUGGAAGGAAAUGGUGGACCAGUGGGGCUAUGGACCCUAGAUGCAAAAUCCUGAUAUUAAUGGGAAAAACAGAUUUUUCUGCACCUAAGCAUAAGCAACAGUCGAUGAUCUUAGUGGACAUCAACACUCCUGGGGUGCAAAUAAAGCGACCAUUAUUAGUCUUCGGUUUUGAUGAUGCACCUCAUGGGCAUGCGGAGAUUGUUUUUGAGAAUGUGCGUGUCCCAGUAACAAAUAUCCUGCUUGGGGAAGGACGGGGUUUUGAGAUUGCUCAAGGGAGGCUCGGUCCUGGAAGACUACAUCAUUGCAUGAGGCUAAUAGGGGCAGCAGAACGCGGAAUGGGUCUGAUGGUCGAGAGGGCCUUAAGUAGGACUGCAUUUGGAAAGAGAAUUGCCCAGCAUGGUUCCUUUUUAUCAGACCUUGCAAAGUGCCGGAUUGAGCUGGAGCAGGCUAGACUUUUGGUUCUAGAAGCAGCUGAUCAACUUGACCGACAUGGGAACAAGAAAGCCCGCGGUAUCCUCGCAAUGGCCAAGGUUGCAGCUCCAAAUAUGGCCCUGAAGGUCCUUGACAUGGCAAUGCAAGUUCACGGUGCAGCUGGUGUCUCUACGGAUACCGUCUUAUCGCACCUAUGGGCAACUGCCAGGACACUGCGGAUUGCAGACGGCCCUGAUGAAGUCCAUCUCGGGACGAUUGCGAAGCUGGAGCUGCAAAGAGCAAGGUUGUAAGGACAGGGUGAAGUAAAGUUUCGAGAAUAAACGAAGUAACAGCAAUCUGCUCACGAGACUAGGGGAUGGCAGCAUCACUGCUGGUAGUGGUUGAUAGACAAUGAGUAAAUAAAGGCGUUAAUAUCCAUCAAUGUGUUGUACGAUUGUACUGUUAGUGGCAUUGGAUCGAUAUAUCUGUCCACGAAACUGAAUAUGACUUUUUCAAUCUUCGCGCUGCCGCACAGUGAUCGGCACUAGAUUUGAACAUCGGCUGUAACAGUGCAACGAAUGUGCUUUUUUUUUUUGCACA